GGAGCGGGAGGAAGAGGAAGAGGAGGGACAAAGGCGGAUCGAGGCUGAGCGGACGGAUCCACGAUCUGGAGCCCGGCCUGAAUUCGCAGCCCCCACCUGUGGGAUCAUCGGCCCCGCAUCGCGCCGAGCGGGAGCGGAGCAUGGAGAGCAGGGAGGACAAAUGCCCGCGGCAGGAGCUGGUGGAAGAGGCCGUUUUGAGCGGCUCCACGGCGCAGGAAGGCAACGGGGAGGAAAAGGCGCGGAGAUGCCGCACGAGGAGGGGCUGCAAACGCAGCCGGCGGGGAUGUGAGGGGGAAAGAGCCGGCCUGGGCCGGGAAGGCGGCCGGAGACGGAGGCAGAGCUCGGAGCUGGUGCUCCGUGAGCAGCUCCGUGAUGGGGAGAAGCCCCACACGUGCGGGGAGUGUGGGAAGAGCUUCAGGUGGAACUCCGGACUGAUCGAGCACCAGAGGAUUCACACUGGGGAAAAGCCUUUCGAGUGUUCCGUGUGUGGGAUGCGCUUCAGCUACAGCUCCGCCCGGAACAAGCACCAGAGGAGCCACACUGGGGAGAGGCCCUUCGAGUGUGACAAAUGCAGGAAGAGGUUUCGGACCCGCGCCGAUCUCUUCUGCCAUUUUCAGACUCACACAGAGGAGAGGCCCUUCCAGUGCCCCGACUGUGGGAAGGGAUUCAGGCAGAAGUCUCACCUCAUCGCUCACCGGCGCAUCCACACUGGGGAGAGGCCCUACGAGUGCGAUAAAUGCAGGAAGAGGUUUCGGACCAGCGGCCAUCUCCUCCGGCACUAUCAGACUCACACAGAGGAGAGGCCCUUCCAAUGCCCUGACUGUGGGAAGGGAUUCAGGCACAACUCCACCCUCAUCGCCCACCAGUGCAUCCACACUGGGGAGAGGCCCUACGAGUGUGAUAAAUGCAGGACGAGUUUUCGGACCAGCGGCCAUCUCCUCAGGCACUAUUGGAUUCAUACAGAGGAGAGGCCUUUCCAAUGCCCUGAGUGUGGGAAGGGAUUCAAGUACAACUCCCACCUCGUCAGGCACCGGCGCAUCCACACUGGGGAGAGGCCCUACGAGUGUCCCCAGUGUGGGAAGAGCUUCUCACAGAGCUCUAACUUGACCCAACACCAACGGAGGCACCACUAAGGGAAGCCCUGUGAGUGCCCCGAGUGCGGGCAGAGCUUCGUGCGCUGCUCCAGCUCCAUCCCCCACUGGAGGAGGCACUGUGGGCACAGCCCUGGUCACUCACAUUCCCUGUGAUCCAUGCUGGGAACACACCUGGCUGCUUCUCCUUUUAAUUUUACCUGAAUUUUUUUCUCUUCUCGUUCUCUUUGCACUCCAAAAGCCAAGAGAGAUGAAUCUUUCACUGCAAAACUACUCAAAUCCCAAUGAAAACAGCUCACUCUUGCCCCAGAAUGAUGAAUCCCUCCUGAGAAAAACUCCAUGCCAUACAAAUUUUCCUCGAUUCUACAGCCAGCCUGUGGUUUAGAGUAGUGGGAUCUCAAUUAGUGUGGUGGGGUGGGGAUUGUGUGGAGCUGGGUGUGUGGGAUGUAUUUGAUAGCAAAUAAAACUCUCAGAGUUACAGAUUUCUCUCCUGUC